UGUUUAUGUUUUUGCUAACCCUCUCUGGGAUCGCUGUGGUUACCCGGCCACCCUGGGAUUUUAUUUUGGCUGGAUUACAUACACCCUGAGACUUUGAUGAGGUGAGGAGCUAGCAUCGAAAGUCCUGCUGGUAGUUUUUGCUCUGAGAAUCCGUGUCUUCUCCUCUUGGACACCAUGGGAAACAGUGCCUUGAAAGCCCACAUAGAGACAGCACAGAAGACCGGCGUAUUUCAGUUAACAGAAAAGGGUUUACCAGAGUUCCCAGAGGAUCUGCAGAGACUGGUAGGAAACCUACGGACAAUUAAUCUGUCCAGUAACAAGAUAGAAGUGUUGCCACCGUGGAUGGGGAAAUUCAACGUUCUCAAAAGCUUGUCACUGAACCAUAACAGACUGAACAGACUCCCAGAAGAACUGUGCAAGCUGAAAAAGUUGGAAACUUUACAUCUUUCCGGGAACCAAAUUAGCCAGCUGCCGGCUGAUUUUGGCCAGCUUUCUGCAUUAAAGACCCUAAACCUCUCCGGAAACCAACUGCGAGCUAUACCGUCCCAGCUCUGCACCCUGCGUCACCUGGAUGUAGUGGACCUUUCCAAAAACAAGAUUCAGGCUAUACCAGACGAGGUUUUGGGAGUGCAAGCCAUCGAAAUAAACUUAAAUCAGAAUCAGAUAUCUCAAAUCUCUGUGCAGAUUUCACACUGUCCACGUCUCAAGGUUCUUCGUCUGGAGGAGAACUGCCUGGAGCUCAGUAUGUUACCCCAGAGUAUUCUUAGUGACUCACAGAUAUCCCUUCUUGCAGUGGAGGGAAACCUUUUUGAAAUAAAAAAGCUCAGAGACCUGGAAGGCUAUGAAAAGUACAUGGAACGGUUUACAGCGACCAGGAAGAAGUUUGUAUGAAUAGAAAGUACACCAGAUAGACUUUUAUGGCGACACCAUGCCUAAAGCCAGCCAAGCCCUGGAUGUACCGUUUACAGCUUGCAAAGCCCCAGUUUACCAAGAGCCAAACACUAAAGUAUCUACACUCUUAUGGGACACAUUUAAAGACCGCUAGCUGAACAUUUAACAAACCGGUAGUAUCCUUCCAGCUAUAGAGUGAAGCAAUUGCCGAGUCUGUUUAAAGGGGACCUUACAUCGAGCAGAUCUAAGAGUAGGAAUAUUGUAUAUGUAUGAAUGUAAUAUAAACAUUUUCUAAAGGUUAAUAUAAAGCAAUGGCUUAAUGGUUUUUAAUGCAGCCGAUGACCGCAAGUACAGUAAACUGAAUUAGAGUUAAUUAUUUGCUUGGAUACAAGUUUAUAUCCAUCCAUUUCAGCACAUUAUGGGAAUGAAAAUAAACUCACAUGUUAAUAUGGGGAA